CACAUACCAUUUGUCCGUCGCCAGUGACCACAAAAAUCAUCACCAAAGCCAAGAGAGAGAUACACAGUACACGACGCACUCCGGCCGUUCCAUUUCGCUCCGCCCUCCCGCCUUGUCCCGUUGCUCAGCUCCCGCCGGCUCGCCCCGAGCAGUUCGCCGCCGUUGAAGCACACUCCCCGGUCGCUCGCCGCCAUGAAGAAGGUUGUGCUGAAGCUGGACGUGCACGACGACAGGCACAAGGCCAAGGCGCUCAAGGCCGUCUCCGGCCUCCACGGCAUCGACCAGCUGGGCGUGGACAUGAAGGACCAGAAGAUGACCAUCGUGGGCACCGUCGACCCCGUCGCCGUCGUCGGCAAGCUGCGCAAGCUCUUCCCCGCCGUGCACAUCGUCUCCGUCGGCCCGGCCAAGGAGGAGAAGAAGGACGACAAGAAGGAUGGCGGCGGGGACAAGAAGCCCGCCGGAGACAAGAAAGAGGGGGACAAGAAGGACGGCGACAAGAAGCAGCAGGAGGCGAAGCCGGUCAUGCAGGCGUACCCGCCCUACGGCUACGCGCAAUACGGCUACCCGCCGCCGCCGCGCUACUUCGUCCGCAGCGCCGAGGAGGACCCCAAUUCGUGCGUCAUCUGCUGAUCGGCGUCGGUGCCCACCCCUGCCCCUUGGACAUUCCGUCGCUGUCCCGCCUGUCCUCCUCUGCUGCUGCCGCCGCCGCUGCCAGUGGACAGUACUUGGUAGUUGCUUUACUGAUCAGCCUACCUGCCGCAGCGAAGCCAGCGAUCGACGGCGAGCGUUACAGCUACGUAUAGUAUAAUACGACCGUGUAACUACCGGUUGCAUCGAUAGCUGCUGUUUGGCUUAUUUUUUGCAAGAUGUAGUACUACGUGCAUCUGCUCAUCAGUUUGUAGAGUGCGAGAAAAACUACUAUAAAGAGAAAGAACUUUUUGAUA